UAUCAGCUCAUUCGACUCUCGACUCUCGCGGUAACUGGAUUCAUAUAUAAUAGAUCGCGGUUUGAAGUCUAAACAGUCGAGAUUUUUCACAAUUUUCCUUUCUUUGAAGUUUCGAGAUUUAGGAGAUUUUCUUUCGUCUGUAAAAGAAAUGACGGAAUUGAAACAGUACGCGUUGAAAGAAGUGGCGACACAGGAUGGAAGAAACGGGAGGAACCUAUGGAUCGUGAUCUAUGACAAAGUUUACGACGUGACAACGUACAAAAAUAAGCAUCCCGGCGGACCGGAACUGUUGGAGGAGUACGCGGGACAGGAUGCAACACGUGGUUUCGACGAAUUCGGCCAUUCUUCGGACGCGAGGCAUGCACUGAAGAAAUUCCUGAUCGGUGAAUUAGUCGAGGAGGAUAAAAUGGACAGAAGGAGGAAGAGGGACGUGAGAUUCGAAGAGACGAGCGGCGCGAGUAACAAACGAAGGUACGAAACGAUAAAAUUUCCAAGGUUUGAACGAUUCCAGGCGGAAAGAUGA